ACAUAACCCGGGAAUCAAUUUAUGCAUUUUUGUGUUUAGCCGAUACUGUUGUCUUCUUGACAUUGAAAACCGUUCAACUGACAACCAGUCUAAUUUGUCCCACUCAGUGCAAUCAUUAACCUUUCCAAACACUUGAAAUAUAAACUGUCUACAAUCAUCAAUCCAAUGAGAAGCGCUUCGUGACUAACUUGAGACUAAAUAAAAGAUCGGCCCUCGCACAUCUAUUGCACAGUGCUGCAAUUGGUCAAAAAGACAGAAGUGCCAAAACGUCAUGCGUCGCUCAAUUAGGAAGUCAAUUAUGCCUUGUUGUUAAGUAAAUUUUGUUGAAAGAAACCCAUUACUUUGGAUCUAACCUUCCCAGCGCAACAAGAGAUUACGUUCUCCCUGGCGUUCGCAUAUAAAGAUAAGAGGAAAUAAAUUUCGAGAGCCAUUCUUGAGGUAUACCCAAGGAUGACUCAAACGCGACAACAAAGCUAUGUAACACAUACCAUCCACUUAUUAGCACUGUUGGUCUUGGCUACUGCAGCUCUAAGCACCUUCAAACUCUCGGAAGCUGCUUGCAGUAGUAGAAGGGUCAACCUCAGAAGCGAAAUAUGGAGAAUAGAACUGGGAAACGGGACUCUAGAAAAGACGAGAAAACUGACAGAUAGUAUCAAAGAAUCAAUGAACGCAAUCACUGGAAACCAAAGCUGUGCGUCUAGCGUUGUUAGGUAUUACAGCUCCCCUGAGCCUGAUGAUUUUCCGGGAGUCAUUGCAGAUAUGUUUAUCGAUGAGGAAAAAGUUGAAGACUUUGAGAACAAACUUCUUGAUGGUAUAGAAUAUCAUUACAACGAUACCGUGAACCACACCAUGACUCCAGCUUCGCGAGUGUUCGUCGUCUCGUUUAAUGUCUCUAACACCAGCAUAACAGACACCAAUGUGACAGAUGCAGUAAAAUAUGUUCUUGGAAUAAAAAACGAAACAGUCACAGUAUUACUGAAGAACGAAUCGUGGUAUACCUUACGGAUAUGGAUGGACAUGAGCGUUGAUAAAUACCCUUCAAAAGCUCUAGAAAAACUUACUGAAGCGGUAAAGAAUGGUUCUGUGCAURGAAUCCCAGUGAAGUCUUCUUCUUUCAUGGCGUUUUCAGCCUUCCCAAAAUCGAUGACGAAAAUAUUCGAAGUGAAAUUCGAUUAUGCCACUGGGUCGUGUAGUUCCAACAAGAGUUCCACUGAGUACCAAGUGCUAAAACAAAACAUUUCGACAUUUCUAGACAUGGCACUGAAUAGUUCGGGAUAUAUGAGACCUUCUGGUAUUAACCUGGAAUGCAGUUCUCCCGUCUCGCUAUUUGUUCGUGCAUCCCUCGUUAAUGUUAAAGUAGUUGCUCUAGUGGAGUAUAGCGAGUCAAAGGACCCAAAAUCCAUUGGUAGUGACUUGCAGGACUGCAGUUCUUCUAACUCAAAGGUCUCUAACGUACAAGUAAAGCUUCUUAAUCCUUCAAGCCUUGAUGAAUCUCAGGAUACCGUGUCAAUAGUUUGUCCUACUCCUUCAGCCACCACGAUGCCACUCAACACUGACAUGAGUAAGAAAUCAACAGGCACACAAGCAACAACUCCAGCAACGCAACCUCCAGUUAUGGGUAAAACACCUCGUCUCUUCGUGAGGCUUCGCCUUGCUUUGACGUGGAGUCAGUUCUGUUCGAAGCUCGAAGAAUCGCUGAAAGAGAACAUAGCGAAGAAUGUGCAUGACAAAAAGGGAAACAGAGUGUCCUCAGAUCGUGUGGUUUUCAUCAACGCACGCAAAAAUUGUGCCGAUCCUUCGAAGGAUGACGAGCAAGUGGAUCUGUGGUUUUACAUCGCCAACCAAACGGGAUCUAAGACGCCUUCUAAGUGCGUCACUUUGAAGGCCUAUCGGGUACUGAAGAUGAUGGUGGAUAAUGGAAAUACUAAUAUGAUGGGUUCAGACUUUAAAGGCAAGGUCAUCGGCCUUAACUUAGCAGGAUGUGAUGCUAAAGAAUUCGACAACAAAGACAAGAUGGAUGACUGGAUCUUGAUAUUGAUCAUCAUCGCACUAGUCAUAGGAGCCAUCCUUUUGUUCUUGGCCUGCUGUUGUAUCUGCUGCGGCGCUGCAAGACGAAGAAGACGCCGUCGCCAUAGAGAUAAAUACGGCAAUGUAGAAAUGGUUGCCGUUGACGCAGAUGGAAAUCCUCAAGCAAACGGAGAAGGCGGGAAAGGAAGAAAAAAAGCUAAAAAGCACCACAAAGGAGGCUACUACGGAGGAAGAGGCUAUGGCUACAGCGAUAGUGAUGACAGCGAUGAUUAUCUUUGCUUUGGUGGCAGAGGUGGCGGCGGACGAGGAAGGGGAGGAGACUACGACUCAGAUGASGACAGAAGGGGAAGAAGAAAUCACAGUGGUGGUGGCGGUAGUGGUGACGGUAACCUUAAUGGUGUUGAUGGCGGUGGGAAGAAGGGUAGAGGACACAGAAAAGGAAGAAGAAGCGGCGAUGGUUACGAUAGCGACGACAGUGACGUAGACCAGCUCUGUGGCGGGAGACGAAGAGGGCAAAGAAGGACCAAAGACAGAAAAAAUAAAAACAAAUCUGGUGAUGAGGAUGGAGAUGGAAAAGGUGACAAGAAAGGCAACAACAAUCUUGAUGUUCCUAAGGAUGACAAAGGGAAGGAAAAUUCCGGUUAUGAAGAUGUUCGUUCCGAUAGUGACAAGCAAGCAGGCGGUCAGCCAACGAGUUAUCAGAACCUGCAGUAUGGCUUGGGUGACAGAAAGCCAAGUGCUGAUGGAGGAUACACCAGCCUGACGAUAGAUGGGAAGGGUGACAAUACUUACGCCACGGUAGAUGAUGCCGCCAAGCGACAGAGCAGAGGCGGAAGUGUUGGAAGUUAUGGCUAUGUGGAGAUAAAUGGCGGAAGGCCAAAUGCCGGAGGGACAGGAGCCGGAGGGGCGGGAGCUGGAGGAGCUGGAACUGGAGGAGCUGGAGCCGGAGCGGCAACCGCCGCAGGAGGAGCUGYUCAAGCCGGGACAGCAGGGUUAAUGGCAGGAUCGAUGGCAGAUGGAAACAAACGCGAAAGUCUCACGCCUGCUAUUGUUACCAGCCCUGCACCAGAUAGCGGAUCCCCCGCGCCUCGAAGAGGGUCAGGAUCAAGAGGAGGUUCACCCACUGCCUCUAGACCAUCUAGUGGUUCAAGCCUCAGAAACAUCGAUGAUGAGCUACAGAGAGAGAGGCGUCGAUCAUCCAUCCAUUCUCUAGUCGAUGAUGAUGCCGAGCCCUUGAAACACAAGACGGCAACUGUAGGUAUUGUUGGACUGGCGCUGAGAAACAAGAACGAGAAGAAGAAAGAAACAGAGUUCAAGAAUCUUGACAAAGAGAUGCCAGCACUUGGAACCUACCCAGCGAACACUGCGGGCAAGAACAGAAAUCCAGACAUAUUGCCAAACCCUCGCUCUCGUGUCAAGAUAUCAUCAUCUCCUGACUAUAUUAACGCCAGCUACCUACAUGAUCAUAAGGGUCAGCGGCGUUACAUAGCUACCCAACAUCCUCUGCUGGAGACCAAGAAUGAUUUCUGGCAGAUGGUGUGGGACAAUGAUUGCCACUUGAUCGUCAUGGUGAACGAUGAUGAAAACAGCAAACAGAUGGACUAUUAUCCUCAAUACUGGCCGUCCGCUGAAGGCAGCUCUGUUGACUUUAAUGGUAUUGUGGUGUCCACUAAACAAGUAGUAACCAAACCUGAUUACGUCAUCACGAGCCUUAUGGUCUCCAACACUAAGACAAAGCCAUCAACAACACGAGAAAUAUCUCACUACAGAUACACUUCAUGGAAAGAAAAAGACGUCCCGAACAUCGCCAUGUUCGUUGGGUUCGUCGUAGCUGCGCGGGAAAUAGGAAGAAAGUACGAGGAUGGGAAUUCCCCUAUCGUAGUCCACUGCAGCGAUGGUCAAGGGUUUACUGGAGUGUUCGUAGCUCUAGACAUUGGUGUACGCAGCCACGAGGAAAACAAGACCUCAGUUGUGGAUCUUUUUGAGCUUGCAAAGAGACUCAGGCAGGGCAGAAGUGGCAUCAUUGAUUCGAUACAGUUAUAUAACUUCACUUACCAGAAAAAGAAAGAUUGA